ACUAACGAGUAAUUUUGACAUACACCAAACACUGAAGGAUAUUACACGGGCAGAAUUUCGACGAAAUCGGUCAUAUAAUGAUCAAAAAGGUAGAGGUGUUAGUUUAAUGGAUGAAGUGGUAAGUAAGGAACGAACUUGCGAAGAUGCUGGCAUUCCGGAAAAUUUUUGUUUAUGCAUGGAACGAAGAAGUUUACAUCGAUUAAACAGGCAAAUUUUUACUUCAACAGAGUUUAAAAAUUUGAUAGAAUUAGCAAAAAAUAAUAUUGCAAAUAACGAUUGUCUUGAUGUUAAACAUUUGCAAGUACUUUCGAAAAAAGUUGACGUUUACGCUAUCAAUCAAAUGGUCAGACACGGACUACGCGAUCAGGCUGACUGGCCAAAAAUUCAAAAUAAACAAGCAGAAUUAGAAAUAAUGUAUUUUGAAAUAAAUGUUACGGUACCGAUUAUUAUGCAAAAUUCAACAAAUCGUAGGAUAUCUGUAUUAUUCCGCAUAAAACAUUAUGUAAGAGCGGGUGAAUAUAUUUUAGUCGAUGAUCCAUAUGUUUAUCACGAUGAUUUCGGUUGUGCUACUAAAAAAUUACAAGCAUUUUGUUCACGUUGUAAUUGA